AUGACUGAAGGAAAACAGAAAUCCAAGGCAAACAAGGCCGACCCCGCUGAGGACUGCAACUGGCGAGGUGACAGUCCCGAGCCAGAGCUAGAUGAUCUUGCACACAAAGAGGAGCCCCAUCAACCUCGCCCACCCGAUGAGGUCUGUAGUUGGCAGGGUGAUCCUCCUGAGCCCGAGUUAGAUGACCUUGCACACAGUCCCAAGCUAUCACCUAAGUCUCAAUUAAAUACACGGGUUGAACAACUACUAGAGGAGGUUGAGCCAAUGCCACUGGAUGCAUUCCCUAAGCCGGAAAAUCACAGGAAAGCUUCGAAAGCGCACUUUGAAGAUGAGCAGCCUGGAGAACAAGAAGAAGACGCUGCGGAAGGAACCCUACAUGAGAGGAUUACUCAAGGAGUGCACCAGGCAUUGAAUAUCUUCCACAAUAUCGUCAACCCUCCCAGUUCCCAGGCACACGAAGAAGUGUCAGAAAACGGCGCGGAGCCUCUUUGUGAAGAGAGUAAUCCUCACUCAGGGCCUUCUCGAAUUCCGCCGAUCCUCACCAUAGUUGAGCCAAAGAAUCCUAAAGAGGAAAAGGAGAAGGCGAAAAGAGAUAAGGCAGAAGCCAAGAAGAUCGAAAAGCAAAGAAAGGCUGAAGAAAAGGAGGAAAAGAAAAGACUCAAGGUGGAAAAGAGAAAAGAGCACAAGGAGCACAGAGAACGGCGCCAUAAAGAGAAAGAACGGCACCACAAGGAGAAGAAGAAAAGUAAGGGGAAGGAGAAGGAGACUACUUCACCUCCCGAUCUACCUCAUGGAGCUCAUGGCUCCACCGCCACCGAAUCACAUCCUCAUCCUGGAUGUCAAAUAUGUGAGCAUCCUGAGGAGCAGGGAACACAUGACUUCAUGAAGGGGCUGUUAGAAAGUUGGGAGGGAUUACCAUCUCUCAACGACCUGACCGAAGCUGCCAAGAAACUACUCGGAUUGAAAGCCACAGAUGACACUUCUGAUGCGCAGCAGAGUUGCCAAGACAUUUCCUUGAGUGAGCAGGAGUUGAUCGAGCACAUUGCAGCGCACAUCGACAGACAUAUACACCAAUACAUGGACCACAAGCCAUCUGGAGAAUGCAACGCGUCAGCCGGAAAGUCCUCGUCCAAUAACCCUCCCUGUCAGAACCCGUGUCAGGAAUCAGACAUACCUGGCCAGCAACAACAAGCUAGCUGCGAGGAUGGGCGCCCUCCCGGCCACGGCUUGGACGGUAAUAGGGACUGGCCUAUGACUAUUAUGCAAGGUCACAUCUUCCGCAGCAUCGAGCCAAUGUCUGCCCCUGACAUCGCUGCGAGUCAAUCUCCCCCUCGGGAUUAUUCACCCUUUCGCACUCCAACGAAAACCAACGGUGCCGUGGUCGAGAAGAGGAUUCAACUCCAGCCCGAGCCGCAUGAGGACCGCCACCACUUCUUCCUGCCUCAACGCGCCACUAUGCUCACACGCGGUCUAUCACGAACACGGCUUAUACGCUUGCGUCCCCGUCUCGCUGCUGCCGGCUCUCAGCCUCGAAUCUUCUUGCUGUGGCCAUAG